CGAGGCUGUGUUCAAGAAAUAGUGUUGCCUAGUUUCUUGAGUUUCAAUUCCUGCAUUUUUACUCUUUUGCUUUUCAUCGGUUGUGAAGAUGUUGGUGAUCCUGGUGGCGAUGUCUUCAGGCUUUUUCAGCACCGGCUCUGCCCUCAGCUCCCAUUUCAGCCCAGAUGGCGCUCCGCUGAGUGAGCUGUCCUGGUCCUCGUCCCUGGCUGUGGUCGCCGUCUCCCUGUCCGGCCUCUUCUUCUUCGUCUUCCUCAUGCUGGCCUGCCUCUGCUGCAAGAAAAGCAAAACCGGCUUCAAGGAAUUCAAGAAUGGGGAGGGGGAGGAGUACCAUGCAGACAUGUCCACCUUGGCCUCGUCGGCCUCCCAGGGCAGCCCGGACGUCUACAUCCUGCCGCUCACCGAGGUGUCCCUGCCGCUGUCAAAGCAGCCUGCUCGAUCAGUCCACCUCCUGAUAUCCACAGAUCUCAGCCGCCACAAUCUGCUCUACCUGAAAGAAAUCGGGAAUGGCUGGUUCGGGAAGGUUCUGCUGGGGGAGGUGAACACAGGUUUAAAGUCCUCCCAAGUGGUGGUGAAGGAACUGAAAGCCAGCGGCAGCGUGCAGGACCAGAUGCACUUCCUGGAAGAAGCAAAGCCUUUCCGCUCCCUCCAGCACCCUGCUCUGCUGGCAUGUAUUGCCCAAUGCACAGAGAUCACUCCCUACCUUCUGGUGAUGGAGUUCUGUCCUCUGGGAGAUGUGAAGGGUUACCUCCGAAGCUGCAGGACCGCAGAAGCCAUGACCCCGGAGCCCCUGCUUCUCCAGCGGAUGGCCUGUGACAUCGCCUCAGCACUCUUACACAUGCACAAACACAACUUCGCGCACAGUGACCUGGCUUUGAGGAACUGCUUGUUGACUGCUGAUGUCUCCGUGAAGGUUGGAGAUUAUGGCCUGUCCCAGAGCAAAUACAAGGAUGAUUACUUGGUGACAUCAGAUCAGAUGUACGUGCCGCUGCGUUGGAUCGCUCCAGAGCUGGUGGACGAGGUCCAUGGAAACCUGCUGGUGGCCGACCAGACCCAACAGAGCAACAUGUGGUCUCUGGGUGUGACCAUCUGGGAGCUGUUUGAGCUGGGCAACCAGCCCUACAGACACUACUCUGACAGACAGGUCCUGACGUACACUGUGAGGGAGCAGCAGCUGCGACUGGCCAUGCCUCUGCUCAAAGUGCCGCUGGCCGAACGCUGGUAUGAGGUGAUGCAGUUCUGUUGGCUCCAACCUGACCAGAGACCUACUGCAGAGGAAGUCCACCUGCUGCUCAGCUACCUGUGUGCCAAGGGGGCCAGUGAGGCCGAAGAGGACUUUGAGAGGCGAUGGAACUCCCUGCGCCCCAACACCGUAUUCAACAGCCACCGAUGUGCCCUGGCAAUGUCACAAACCCACCCCUCCCCAACCUCCUCAUCUUUCCCUCUCCUUGAGCAAUUUUCAGCUGCUGAUGGCUACCACUCUGAGUCUGGAGAUGAUAUACUAACAGUCACUGAGACCAGCCACGGCCUAAACUUUGAGUACAAAUGGGAACAAGCCAGAGCAAACCAGUCGUAUAGAGCCCCAGACUCCUCUGGUGCCUUGAGUCAGGUCAACCAUCAUUAUCAGGAAGCAUUUUACCCACCCGGGGGCAUUGUGGGAGGCUGCCCCAUGGAGAGAAGCCAUGGAGUUUCUCCUUACUACCAAUCCAAACAUCUGCAUGCUCCAGGCGUACUCCCCGUUCUUAGUGCCCAUAGCCCCUCAGUAAACAGUGAAUACUACAUCCGCAUUGAAGAGCCAGUAGACUGUAACAUUGAUCUGGACUACACCAUGUGCCCCUACAGCCCAGACUACCAGGGCAGCAGUGGGAGCUUUCUGACAGGAAGUGCAGACUCAGGUGAGUGCAUGGUCUGCCCGUCACAGGACAACAACAUGGAUCCCUAUUGGUCAGCAGAUAUCAAUAAGUCUGAUAUGUACGACUCAAAUGACUCAAGUCCUGCCAUCUCCCUGACAAUGGAGCCCCUUUUAGGGCAAGUUCUGGACAAUAGCCCACUGCAACCCUGGGAGUCUAGUCACUACGUGUCCUAUAAAGACAGAGAUGGGGGUUACUACUAUGAGCACUCACCGCCAUUGGGGAUGGAUCACUAUCUUAUUGGACAUGAGUCCUCCAGUGAGCGCCAUCAGGAAAGCUGGGGGUCAAGGAGCCUGCGCCAGGCGUUGGGGGAGUUUGAUAACCCGCUAGGUGUAGCCCCCGUCGUAGGCAGUGCACCUCAACAGGCCUACAGAGACCCAUAUCUGAACACAAGUCAGAACUCCAUCAUAGGAAAGAACAUGACAGGGGGCUACUACGACAUGAUGGGCUCCCUGAGGAAGACGAUGCCCAGCCACACCAGGCAUAACAGCCACUCUGUCAGUAUUAACAUGGAGACGGAGGGGGCACUCUUCAUCGGGCACAGAGACAGUGACACAGAGGAGGAAGAAGAAGAGGACAUAUUUGUUGAGAGACACACCUGCAACACUUGGCCUUCAAAACACCGCCACAGCAGUCACCAAAGACGCGCUAGCCACAGCUGCAGACAGGAUGCUUACGUAGAUUUCCACUACACGAUGCCAAGUACAGACAUUGAAGACUCCUGGCCGGAGGAGCAAAGCCUGGCCUUCCACUCGCUUCCCAAACACAUUGAAUACCUUGAGCCCCAACAGGUAAAAGAUAACAGUGCUUGCCUGAGUAAACAUCCCCCAAUGGUGCCAUCAGACAACUGCAACCCCUAUCUCUACCUGUGCCAUGAAAGUGAGACUCAGGUGCCGGCAUCUGGAGAGUGUUGCCACGCGCACUUUGUUGACCCGCUCACAGGCUUGCUAGUCAGAAACAACAGCUACAGUCACAGCUACACUCACAGCAGCUACAUCAGCGAUAAGGCCGUUGACACCCCAAGCAAUGACGAGAUGAUCAAUCUAUCACCAGCUCCAGGGGGUCCCAUUGUGGCCAAACCUGCCUUGAUGAAGAGUGAGGACAGAGAAGAGCAUUAUGUUGAUCUGACAACGGGUGAUUCACACUUCAAAGAAAAGAGGGAGGAUGUAAUCAAGGAAAAUUCAAUCAUUCAAAGACAGACAGAACCUAUAGAGGAAGAAGUGAGCCUGGCAACGGCUAUAACCACUCCCCCUCCAGCUGACAACAUGCAUGUGAUGGUGGCCCUCACAGAUCCACAGUCUGAGAUUAGUCAAAACGGUGACAGCGGUGUCGACCGAGGAGGCUCCAGUGUAAGUCUUGCUGACAUACUCGACUGCAGUGAUGACGAGGAGGAGGAUGACAACACUGAUGAUAUCACUGACGUUACCUCAGGCAUCUUUGCAGAUGAUACCAGCGAGCUGAACGCCUCUCCUGCCUUCAAGUCCAUACAGAAGCAGGUAGGAACUCCUGAUUCCAUGGAUUCCAUGGAUCUGCCAUCUGCCGCCGGGUCUUGUGAAGGCUUCAGCCCUGCGUCCUCCCACCCUUCCAGCUCACCUAAAGCUAUGGACAGUGGCUAUGACACAGAAAAUAACGAAAGCCCUGAGUUUGUACUCAAAGAGCCCCAUGAACCCCGUGAACAACCGUUGGGGAAGCCUACUCUUGACGCAAGCCUGGAGGAGGAGGAGGAGGAGGAGGAGGAGGAGGAGGAGGAGGAGGAGGAGGAGGAGGAGGAGGAGCUGGAGGGUCAUGGAGGUGAGGAUAAAGUAGUGCCCACAGAGGAUGAACCCUCAUUGGGGGAAGAUUUGGCCUCAGGAGCCUCACAGACUGGCGACCACAUCCUUUUACCACUUAGUGAUAAGACUCCGUACAGAGACUCGGCCUACUUUUCAGACUAUGAGAAUGAAAGGCAUUCUAGAGACGACGUGGAACAACUUUCAGAGACAGUAAGGCAUGAGGAAAUGGUUGAAAAGGAACAGCACAUGGGAGAAAAGAAGGGUGACAAAAGAAAAAAUGAGGAGGAUGAGGAAGAGCUGAGGGACACUGUAGUGAACAAAGACAUAACACUUGAAAUGGAACACAUGUCAACAGGAGGAAUGGAUUCACCACCAGGGAUGGUUGCAUACUUGACAGUAGAGAGCGGGCUAGAUGAGGUGUUGGGGCUACCUCUGGAGUCUUCUGACAAUGUUUCAAUAGCAGAAGGUGGGCUCGACGAAUGGCCAUCUCAGGAAGAGGGUUCAUCCUUAGGAGACUGGGCAGCAGAAGUUGUGGGGGCAAUGGAAGAGGCUAUCGGUGCCCUGAACGAAGAUUGUACCGCCACUGUCAAGGUAGAGGAGGAAGCCGAAGACUCGCCUCAAGAUUUAAAAACAACAGAAGAGCCAGAGAUCAAGAUCAUUCACAACAGGCCAUCAGGGAUAUCCAGUGAAAUCCUUCACUCUUUACCCAAAGACGAGGUAGCCUUGCAGCACAGGGCAAACACCAGGAGGUUUUCUUCAUCCUCUCCACCACCUCCAUCCACUCCUCCCCUUCCAGUCCCUGCCACAGAGGGCCACAGGUCUGGGGAAGAGGGGGAUGUGGAGGACGUGGACACCGAUGACAGCGACGAGUCGGAUGAGGAGCUGCGAAGCUACAGUGUGCAGGAACAGAGCGGAGGGGACGAGAGCGAUGACGAGUGCCACCCAGUGCCCAUCGUGGUGAGUGACAACAGCCAGGACCACAAACUGCGCAGCCUUCUGAAGCUGCCAACCCUGCUGACAUCUGAAAACCUGGACGAGGAGCUUGAACGCAAGAAGAAGACGGUGUCCUUUUUUGAUGAUGUCACUGUCUACAUAUUUGAUCAGGAAAGCCCAACUAAGGAGCUAGCUGAGCAUGGCUUCCCUUUAGGAUCAGAGGGACAGAGUUCACGGAGCGAAUCCCAUGAAAGGCUUAACGCCUCGGAUGACUCUUCAGAUGGGAACAUCUCGGAAGAGAGUGCAGGGUAUGAGUGGGAGGACGACUUCCCCCUGCUUCCUCUGCAAACAUCCUCAGUGGCAGCCGACUCCCCCCCACCACGCUCCAUCCCCAAAGCUCCGGAGCCCAAACCAGCCGUACAGUUCUCCCGCUUCACUGUCUCCCCCUCCACCGUGUCCCGCUUCUCCAUCACACACAUCUCGGACUCUGAUAUGGACUCUGUAGGAGGAAGCAGCGAGGAUGGGGACAAAGAAUAAUGACCUGUGGAUAAUUACUGCCUCUCCGUGACAACAACUCGGCCUGCUAGCAUGACUUCUUAUUUAUUUCUUGACGUCAGGUUUUAGAAACACAAGACAGUGCCUCUUACCGCCUGUGGACACUUUUGAAAAGGUCGUGCUUACUGACCUAAGCUGUUUAGGACAAUGAAAAGAGAAUGGUUAAUAUAUAAAAAAUUAGAAUAUUAAUAUAUACUGUGUGUAUGAUGUAAACAGAUCUAUGAAAGCAGGGGAUACUUUGAAUUGUGCAUAUUUUUUCGGAUCAAAGAGACACAAUGGAAGGACAUACCUUUGGAAAGCAGCACAUAUUCCACCUUUUUCACUUCUUAAUUUAUGACAGGAAGCAUUCAUGAGAGUGUGAAACCACCUGGACUUAGAGAAAAGGAAAGUUGAACUGUGCAAACGGUCGCUUGGCAAAGACACCUCCACUUUUUGGCUUUUCAACAGAGGAUCAGCACUUUGAAGACUGUACAGCUCCACAGACUUUGUACUUUGUAGGUAAUUGCUUUGCUUGUCUUAAUAAAUAUCAACAAGAAUCCUUAAGGUAUCACAAGUAAUAUAAUAUUCAUGUUUGGGUUCAUUCAGAGACAAAGGGAAAAGAAAGCAGGAAGCAAAGGGAAUUUUGAUGGGUCAUGUCUGGUUUCAGAAUGUUUUUCUGUGGAAACAGCUGAUCAAACCUGAACAAUGUGAUAUUUUGUGACUAUUUAUUUUGUAUCAGGACCAUUACUGUACUCUUUAACAUACAUGUGGCUCAUUCUCUCUACCAAAUGGAAUGCCAGCACCGCCAUCACAACCAAUCCCUCCUGUUGUAAACAUCAAAAACACUAUAGUGACAAUAAGGAAAGAAGUCAUUUCAGACUUCACUAAUUAAACAGUUUUUUAUAAUAUAGCAAUGCAUGGUUUUAAGUAUAAGAAAACAUCAUCUUUAAACAUUAUUUGAUUAAAGAGAGUCGGGCACACAUGGUCAUGGAAAUCCAUUGUCAUGUUUCCUAUUGCUGCCAAAAACACAUUUUCAGCAAUAUUGAUGAUUCAUGAUAUGGACUGCUACAUGAUGGAUGAGUUCUCUAAUAGGGGCCAAUACGGGUGGGCAAUAUGUAUGACAUCUUAAUCACAGCACAUGAAAUAUUAUAUUGCAGUUUAGUUAUACUGUACCUCCUGCUGAAGUACUUCUUACAGAACUUUGAAUCGUGAGUCAAUACAUAACUGUCUAGAUUAGAACAUCUGAAAAGUCAAGGUUCUUCGUCACAUUGAUGCAAAGCUCCAGCUGAGCUAAAACAUAAUGCAUUUGAAACCACAGAUAUCACAGGGGUAGUAGUUGUUUACUUAUGUAACAUAGUGACAUCACUACGUAACACUCUUGCUUCUAUUGGAUAAUGCUAUCCACAUGAUACGUGCGAGGCUAAGGGACAGGAAGUUUCUAAGCGGUUGACCAAUGAGUCGUCUAGCUUACCAAUCAGAGCAGACUGGGCUCUGGUUUCAGACAGAGGGUGAAAAGAGGUGCUGCAUCACAGGCAGUAUGAGACAAGAAAGGACAUUAUCAGAAUAGAGGCACAAAAUACAAUGAUGAAACCUGAAAAUGAGCAUAAAUGGACCCUUAAAAAGGAUAGAAGCCCUGUUUUGUUAAGUCAUCAUCAUAUUGCCCAGCCCUACAGGCCAAUUCAUUCAAAUACAAACUUGCACAACAAUAAUAAAAGCUGUUAAAUUCUUCUUUUGUCUGAACAAACAUGCUGUUACAUAAUGUAAAUCAGCACAUUAUACAUCUAGUGUGUUUCAGCUAUUGCUCAUUGCUACUGUCUGCUGUUUCUAUAUUGGCUACACUGACGUUGUUUGGAGCAGUUUUUGUUCUAUGAUUUUGGUAUUAAGCUGAAAUAUUGACCCUUUUCAGAUUGGAAAGGAGAGUCACAAGAAAAACUUGUUACUAUGUGAAUUUUUCACAUAUAAAUCAAAUCUGAUCAUCAAAUGUCAAACGGAAUGAGAUUUAAUAACACUUGACAUAUUUAAAAAUAAACGUAUGGAGCCAUAUUGUAUUUAGGUGGGAUAGAUGAGUUAAGUGUUAAGUCUAAUGUGUCUGAUCAGCUUGUUAAAGGCAAUGGGGAAUGAUGUCAUGAUCAUGAUAUGUUUCAAUGCUUUGCUUUCUGUGUGUUAAUGUUAGGAAGUGAAAUGGAAGGUGUGUUGAUGGGAUAUUGGAGCGCACAGUGCUCUGUGAUCAACAUGUAGUGUCUAGUGUUUGUUUGCAUAGAACCAUAUAGACAGCCGUCCGUAAUAUUUUUGUAUCUCGACAAGAAUACUUUUAAGAGUAUUGAUGUAAUGUACCAGUACAGGAGGGAGGAUUUAAAAAAACAAAAACAUGUCUCUUGUGUUUUAUUGUUGCCAAAGAGAUGUUGUGUUGUGGAUCAGGGGCAACAGGUGGGUUGUUUUUACCCCACAAUGGAGAUCAAGACGCAGAGCAGGGGCUUUGGCCUGGUCGUAACAAAGAACAUGCGAUACCGUCAGUAACAUGUGCCCCCCCACACUGACCUGGUCACAUCAUUACUUUCUGUACCUUCUAUCAAAUAUAAAUAAAGUCUGUUUUACACAUCUUAA